CUCCUCCCUAGCCUCCCAGGGGUAUUCUGCUGUAUGGACCUCCAGGUACAGGGAAGACACUGGUUGCCCGGGCCGUUGCCAACGAGACUGGAGCAUUCUUCUUCCUCAUCAAUGGUCCUGAGAUCAUGAGUAAGAUGGCCGGGGAGUCAGAGAGCAACCUGAGGAAAGCCUUCGAGGAGGCAGAGAAAAACUCUCCCGCCAUUAUUUUCAUAGACGAACUGGAUUCUAUCGCUCCUAAGAGAGAGAAGACCCAUGGGGAGGUGGAGAGGCGUAUCGUAUCACAGCUCCUCACCCUGAUGGAUGGACUGAAGCAGAGAACUCACGUUAUCGUCAUGGCAGCCACCAACAGACCCAACAGCAUCGACCCUGCCCUGAGACGCUUUGGCAGGUUUGACAGAGAGAUCGACAUCGGCAUCCCAGACUCCACUGGUAGACUGGAGAUACUGCAGAUUCACACCAAGAACAUGAAGCUAUCUGACGACGUGGACCUGGAGAGGGUUUCCAUGGAUGCGCAUGGCCAUGUGGGGUCAGAUCUGGCAGCUCUGUGUUCUGAGGCGGCUCUGCAGGCCAUCAGGAAGAAGAUGACCCUGAUUGACCUAGAGGACGACACCAUUGAUGCUGAACUGCUCAACUCACUGGCAGUUACCAACGAUGACUUCAGGUGGGCGUUGGGGCAGAGUAACCCGUCAGCUCUGAGGGAGACAGUAGUGGAGGUUCCUAAUGUUAACUGGGAGGAUAUAGGAGGACUGGGAGAGGUCAAGAGAGAACUGCAGGAACUAGUACAGUACCCGGUGGAGUACCCAGAUAAGUUCCUGAAGUUCGGUAUGACCCCGUCACGAGGAGUGUUAUUCUAUGGACCCCCAGGCUGUGGAAAGACCCUGCUAGCCAAGGCGAUUGCUAACGAGUGCCAGGCCAACUUCAUCUCCAUCAAGGGACCUGAGCUGCUCACCAUGUGGUUCGGAGAGUCAGAGGCUAAUGUCAGGGACGUCUUCGACAAGGCCAGACAGGCGGCCCCCUGCAUCCUGUUCUUUGACGAGCUGGACUCCAUUGCCAAGUCCAGAGGGGGCGGAGCCGGGGACGCAGGGGGCGCGGCCGACAGGGUCAUCAACCAGAUCCUCACGGAGAUGGACGGAAUGUCCAACAAGAAGAACGUCUUUAUUAUAGGAGCUACCAACAGACCUGAUAUAAUAGACUCUGCUAUCCUCCGUCCAGGGAGGCUGGAUCAGCUCAUCUACAUCCCUCUACCAGACACAGCCUCCCGUACUGCCAUCCUCAACGCAAACCUACGCAAGUCCCCCAUCGCCAGAGAUGUAGACCUGGCCUACCUGUCUGGUAUCACCCAGGGUUUCAGUGGGGCAGACCUGACAGAGAUCUGCCAGAGGGCCUGUAAGCUGGCCAUCAGAGAGGCCAUAGAGGCUGAGAUCAAAGCAGAGCGCCAGAGACAGACCCACCCAGGCACCGCCAUGGAUGAGGACUGUGACCCUGUUCCAGAGAUCAGGAAGGAUCACUUUGAAGAGGCCAUGAGGUUCGCCCGGCGCUCCGUCAGCGACAACGAUAUCAGGAAGUAUGAGAUGUUCGCCCAGACACUACAGCAGAGCAGAGGCUUUGGGAACUUCAGGUUCCCCUCUGGCUCUCAGUCCGGAGGUCAAGGGUCGGGGGCAGGGGGGCAGUUCAGAGACGAGGUAGAGGACGACCUCUACCAGUGAGAAGACUAUCACCUCCACCACACCUGCCUGCAUAUGAUGCAUAUGAAUAUGCAUAUGAACUCUGGAUCAAUUAGAUAACGUUUGUGCUUCUCAGCUUAUCGGUGUCUUAGAUGUUUCUCAUAAUAACUGGUGCAUCAUAACAACUGGUACAUCAUAAUAACUGAUAUAUCAUAAUAACUGGUACAUCAUAAUAACUGGUGCAUCAUAAUAACUGGUACAUCAUAAUAACUGGUACAUCAUAAUAACUGGUGCAUCAUAAUAACUGGUGCAUCAUAAUAACUGGUACAUCAUAAUAACUGGUACAUCAUAAUAACUGGUACAUCAUAAUAACUGGUACAUCAUAAUAACUGGUGCAUCAUAAUAACUGGUGCAUCAUAAUAACUGGUGCAUCAUAAUAACUGGUACAUCAUAAUAACUGGUACAUCAUAAUAACUGAUACAUCAUAAUAACUGGUACAUCAUAAUAACUGGUACAUCAUAAUAACUGGUACAUCAUAAUAACUGGUACAUCAUAAUAACUGGUGCAUUAUAAUAACUGGUACAUAAUAACUGGUACAUCAUAAUAACUGGUGCAUUAUAAUAACUGGUGCAUCAUAAUAAAUGGUACAUCAUAAUAACUGGUACAUCAUAAUAACUGGUACAUCAUAAUAACUGGUACAUCAUAAUAACUGGUGCAUCAUAAUAACUGAUACAUCAUAAUAACUGGUACAUCAUAAUAACUGGUGCAUUAUAAUUAUUGGUACAUCAUAAUAACUGGUACAUCAUAAUAACUGGUGCAUUAUAAUAACUGGUACAUAAUAACUGGUACAUCAUAAUAACUGGUGCAUUAUAAUAACUGGUGCAUCAUAAUAAAUGGUACAUCAUAAUAACUGGUACAUCAUAAUAACUGGUACAUCAUAAUAACUGGUACAUCAUAAUAACUGGUGCAUCAUAAUAACUGAUACAUCAUAAUAACUGGUACAUCAUAAUAACUGGUGCAUUAUAAUAACUGGUACAUCAUAAUAACUGGUACAUCAUAAUAACUGGUGCAUUAUAAUAACUGGUGCAUCAUAAUAACUGGUACAUCAUAAUAACUGGUACAUCAUAAUAACUGGUGCAUUAUAAUAACUGGUGCAUCAUAAUAACUGGUACAUCAUAAUAACUGGUGCAUUAUAAUAACUGGUACAUCAUAAUAACUGGUGCAUUAUAAUAACUGGUGCAUCAUAAUAACUGGUGUAUUUGAGGAAAUUAGAGUCUGUUUGUUUUUUCUUGGAAGAAUCAUUAGUAAAAUCUGGAUGGUCAAAGUACAAUGAAUAUAACUGAAUGAGGAUUGUUGUUCUUAUGGUGUUUGAGCUGGUCAUCAUGGAAGGAAUGGAAGGAAUGCUGAUUCACAUCUGAAAUGUAAUAAAUGGAGUGUUUUCCUUGUU